AUGGAGGCAGAAAUCAGGGCCGUGCUUCCUGAUAUUGACCCGGUCAUCUCUGACUAUUCCGUGGGAUAUCUCAACCAUGCAUCCACACUUUGGUCGGACGAAGAAGAUGCCUCCGGUCCGUCCCCUCUCGACCAGGCUGCAUCGGACAUCACGGAGAUCCUCCUAUCGGCAUCGGGUAACUUGAGCCCCAAGCUGGAGGACCAGAUUACCCAACUCGUCAAGAAAUGGGUUGACAAGUACACCGAGGCAAAUGGAGGACAGAGAAGUGGCCCGGCUGCAGUGAAGAGAUUGGACCAAACUAUCCAGGUCAGCUCUCAGAGGAAUAUGUCCUCAACAUUGGCAGUUGCCACGGGCGGUGUGGACCUCGAAUCCGCCAACGUCAAGAAGGUUGAGUCCAAGGUCGACCGGAAGAAGCUGGAGAAGGCCGAACGCAAGAUUGCCGCCAAACAACAGAAGAAGACGUUCAAGACUGUUGAGUAUGAGGCCUCCAGGCUUCUUGACCAGCCCGAGUCCACCCAGUCAUACGAAGAGUUCUACAUGGCUGUCAACCCUCUGCAACUGGGCUCAUCGAGCAGCAACAAGACCAAGGAUAUCACUUUGGACAACAUCGAUGUGUCCAUUGGAGGCCUGCGUAUUUUGACAGACACGACUCUGACACUGGCCUACGGUCAUCGUUACGGUCUGGUUGGUAAGAACGGUAUUGGUAAAUCUACAUUGCUCCGAGCGCUGUCUAGGAGAGAAGUCGCAAUUCCUACACACAUCUCCAUUCUCCACGUGGAACAAGAGAUUACUGGAGACGACACUCCUGCCAUCCAAGCUGUGCUCGACGCAGAUGUCUGGCGAAAGGUUCUUCUUCGGGAGCAGGAUGAAAUCACCCAAAAGCUGGCCGAAAUCGAAGAGAAACGAGCCCCAUUGGCGGACACAUCAGCCGAUGCUGCCAAGCUUGAUCUGGAGCGAGAAACCCAAGAUACGAAGCUUGGUGAUAUCCAAGCCAAGCUUUCCGAGAUGGACUCUGAUAAGGCUGAAUCUCGUGCCGCAAGUAUCCUGGCUGGUCUCGGUUUCUCGGCCGAGCGACAACAGUAUGCCACCAAGACUUUCUCUGGUGGUUGGAGAAUGAGACUGGCGCUUGCCCGAGCACUGUUCUGCGAACCUGAUCUGCUUCUUCUCGACGAACCGUCUAACAUGUUGGACGUUCCUUCCAUUACUUUCCUUUCCAACUAUCUCCAGGGAUACCCAAGCACAGUGCUGGUCGUCUCUCACGACAGAGCAUUCUUGAACGAGGUGGCUACUGAUAUUGUUCACCAACACUCGCAACGCCUCGAUUACUACAGAGGAGCCAACUUCGACACCUUCUACGCGACCAAAGAGGAGAGAAAGAAGGUGGCUCGGAGGGAGUAUGAGAACCAGAUGGCCCAGCGAGCCCACUUGCAGGCCUUCAUCGACAAGUUCCGUUACAAUGCCGCCAAAUCUUCAGAAGCUCAGUCUCGAAUCAAGAAACUCGAAAAGAUGCCUAUACUAGAGCCACCCGAGGCCGAAUACAGCGUCAAAUUCGUCUUCCCUGAUGUCGAGAAGCUGUCACCACCAAUUGUACAAAUGUCAGAAGUUACCUUCGGAUAUAGCGCGGACAAGGUCCUGCUACGAAACGUCGACCUUGACGUGCAGCUGGACUCGCGAAUUGGCAUUGUUGGACCCAACGGUGCCGGUAAGACAACGAUUCUGAAGCUCCUCAUCGGCAAGUUGUCACCUUCUUCAGGCUUGAUAACAGCUCACGCAAGGCUCCGCAUUGGUUUCUUUGCGCAGCACCACGUGGAUGCUCUUGACCUUAACGACAGCGCAGUCGGUUUCAUGGCCAAGAACUACCCUGGACGCACGGACGAGGAGUACCGCAGACAGCUCGGUGCCUUUGGUAUCACUGGCACCACAGGUCUGCAGAAGAUGGCACUGCUCUCUGGUGGUCAGAAGUCCAGGGUUGCGUUUGCCUGCAUUGCCCUCACGAACCCGCACAUCCUCGUGCUGGACGAACCUUCUAACCAUCUUGAUAUCGAAGCUAUGGAUGCCCUGGCCGAAGCCCUGAACGCCUACCAAGGAGGUGUUCUGAUGGUUUCUCACGACGUGACCAUGUUGCAGUCCGUCUGCACAUCGCUGUGGGUGUGUGACGGCGGAACGGUGGAGAAGUUCAACGGGGAUGUGCAAGCAUACAAGAAGAAGAUUGCUGCCCAGGCAGAUGCUGCAGGUGUUGUCAAGGCUCACUAG